AUGGACUACAGCGCCCAGCUGUCCGCCGCAGAAAUCCAAUGCCUCGGCAAUCCAGACUCGACUUUUGACAACGCCACGCGCGACCUCGAAUCCACCGGCUCUCCGAACGAAUGGGCGUUCCAGCGGUGUUUGCGGAUCAAGAAUACGCUGGAUGCGUGGGAGCACAGGGUCCGGGCGGACCCGUCUUGGGGCCUGUUGGCGCUGCUGCUGCAUGGUGAAUACCAGUUUUGGCGCGAGUAUGCGCCCCUGGGGGAUGUAAGAUGGAAUCCCUUUUUGUCGCAUUGGGUCAACUAUAUCCAGUGUCUGGACACCGAGAGCGCGAACAAGGCAUUGAGUGUGGCAGGGAGCUACGACGCCGCGACGAGGGAGCCGAGUGCAGAGGUCAUCGUAGCUGUCAGGGGGGAAUGGAUAAAGAAGAUGCUGUCGUCGGGCUUGGAAUCAGAUAUCCACGCCAUGACACCGCGCACUCUACACCAUCUGGCCAGCCUGAGCGUCAAGAAACCAUUCGCCAUCCAACCCUAUCUACAAAUCCUCCUCGACGACGGAAUCUACUCCACCUCCGACCUCCCCGUAUCCUCAACCCCAGACUCCACCCCUCCGACCUCCCCGCCCGGCCUCACAAACGGACACCCCGGGCAAGACACCCCGGGCGCCAACGCCGACUGGAAAGACGGAAUCCGAGAGCGUCUAGCCAGGCAGCCCUGCACCGCCGUCCACGAACUCUCCCGCCUCCCCUUGCAACUGCCUCACCUCGACUUCCUGACCAAACUCCUCGCCGAACAUACCCUAGAAUCGCACUCAAUCGACCCCGAACCCGUUGUCCUGUCGUAUAUCCAACAUUCGCUCCGCACAAUUGAACGUAUGGGGUCGGCGCCGCCGCUGGCUGGACAGGAUCUUCAUCCUCGUCAAGACAGUAGUACUACCUCCACCACCACUACGACUACUACGACUCCCCCUGCCAACGACCCCACCAACGCCAACACCAACCCCCCGCACAACAACGACGAAGACGAAGAACCCAUCUGGGAAUACGGCAAGGAGGCGCAAGCACGCCAUGUCCGACUCUUACUCUUGUUCAUCAAGAGUCUGAUUAGAAAGCGGCUCCUGGGUAUGGACACGCUGUAUUUUGAGAUUCAGGAGAUUUGCUAUCGUUAUGUUUGGAUUGGGGAGGUUAGGGAAUUUAGGCGGUGGGUUGGGGAGGGGGAUGAUGUAGGGUUGUGA